AUGAAAUGCCAUAAAGGAACAAAAGAAAAUAUUUUCCUUCUCCAUGUUAAAAUACUCGCCAAAUACAGGGAAUUCUAUGACAUUCCACAUAAUUCUGGAACAUCAGUGACUUCAAGAUAUGAUAUAGCAUUAGCAGAAAAUAUAGGAUCCACUGAAUUAAAAGCUAGCAAAUUAAAAAAUCGAGAUGGAACUCCUGCAGCUCCGGGGAACCAACAAAGAGGAACUCCCCACACGGGUGGAUUAAAAUCUAAGAGAAAGGAUCAUUCAGUGACCCAUUCAUUGAAAAGUUCUCCUCCUACCGAGUUACAAGUUAAUAAAAAAGAUGAGUUAGAUAAGGGUUCAUUGAAGGAUACCCCUCAAAGUAAACCCGACGUUAGUAAAAAGGAUAAAUCCGGAAAUAAUUCACUAGGAAAGACCAAAAAACAAAAAGAGAACACAAUAAAAAAUGGAUUGACCGAAUCUACAUUAAAGGGAGAUGAUAUGGAAGGACUAAAAGUUAAUAAUAAAUCGGCGUACAUAAAAAAAAAGGCACUGAAAAAUUCUCUGAAAAGGGAAGUUUCUAGUGGUUUAAAAGUUAGCAAAAAGGGCGAAUAUGCGACUAACUCACCAAAAGAAUCCCCCACGGACGUAUUAAAAGCCAGAAACAAAGACAAAUCAGAAAAUCACUCUUCAGGAAAAGCGGAAACAUCCAAAUCGGAGGAUAAUACAAAAAAGGACGAGUUACCCGGACAAUAA